AGAUCAAAUCGACCAAAGGCUUCACAAAUCUUACUCCAAUGUCGGCCAAAACAUAAAAUCUUUCUCCAUUCAAAAAGGCUCGAAAAGCCUUCAUUCUUCAGCUUGCAAAAGCUAAAGAUGACGAACAAUGGCUUUGGAAAUUCAGGAUUUGUUCACCUCGAUGUUCAACAGACAAACUUGACAGAGGCUCAAGAUGAAAAAGUUGGCUUAGAGAACUUUGAGCUCCUUAAAGUCCUCGGGACUGGAGCAUAUGGCAAGGUCUUUCUCGUCCGCAAACGCGGGGGGUUUUAUACUGGAAAGUUGUUUGCAAUGAAAGUGCUGAAGAAAGCGACGAUCGUGCAGAAAGCAAAAACUGCCGAGCAUACAAGAACAGAACGACAAGUCUUGGAAGCCGUCAGACGAUGCCCUUUCUUAGUGACUUUACAUUGGGCUUUCCAAACCGAAGCGAAACUUCACCUCAUCAUGGACUACGUUAAUGGAGGAGAGCUCUUCACUCACCUUUACCAAAGGGAGAAAUUCACGGAAGAUGAAGUUCGUAUUUACAUUGGAGAAAUUGUGAUUGCUCUAGAACAUCUACACCGGCUUGGAAUUAUCUACCGCGAUAUUAAACUGGAAAACAUUUUAUUGGAUUCCGAAGGCCAUGCUGUCUUGACGGAUUUUGGCCUCAGCAAAGAAUUUUCUGCUCCUAAUUCUGGUGAGAGGGCAUAUUCAUUCUGUGGUACUAUUGAGUACAUGGCGCCUGAAGUAGUCAAAGGUGGUAGUAAAGGACAUGAUAAUGUUGUUGAUUGGUGGAGCCUUGGAGUAUUAAUGUAUGAACUUCUUACUGGUGCAUCUCCAUUCACUGUGGAUGGAGAAAAGAACAAUCAAUCCGAGAUAUCAAAACGAAUUCUCCACAACAAUGCUCCAAUGCCGCAUGACUUAUCCCCAGACGCUAUUGAUCUCCUUCGGAAGCUGCUACAGAAAGACCCAAAAGCUAGGCUUGGGGCAAAAGGGGCACAUGAAAUAAAGAAACAUCCAUUUUUUAAGUGUAUUAAUUGGGAUGACCUUGAAGCCAAAAGAAUAACAGCUCCCUUUAAACCAAGGAUUAGAGAUGAACUGGAUGUUAGCAAUUUUUCUGAAGAGUUCACGGAUCUUGCACCUCUUUACUCCCCUGCAGCCGCACCCAAAACGGCAGAUAGAGUCUUCAGAGGAUAUUCCUUUGUGGCACCGUCAAUAAUAUUUGGUGAAAAUGAAUUUAAUGUCGCAUCACAAAGACCUGAACAUGGAUUGGUGGACUAUGCAGCAAUGUUUGAAGGAUCCCAUUUUUUCCAGAAUUAUAGAAUUACAAGUGAUGUACUUGGAGAUGGUAGCUUCUCUACCUGCAGACGGUGUGUUCAUCUGAGAACAGGAAUGGAAUAUGCUGUAAAAAURAUAAGCAGAAGGUGCGACCCAACACGUGAAAUCCAGUCUUUAAGAAUAUGUCAGGGACAUCUGAAUAUUGUUACUCUUUAUGAAGUAUAUAAUGAUGCUUUUCAUACCUACUUAGUCAUGGAGCUACUGGCUGGCGGAGAGCUGUUAGAAAGGAUCCGAAAAAAGAAAACCUUUACCGAGUCUGCUGCUAGUGUUAUUAUGAAAAAACUAGUUUGUGCUGUGGAAUAUAUGCACCAGAAAGGUGUUGUCCAUCGAGACCUUAAACCAGAGAAUGUUUUAUUUGUAGAUAAUUCAGAAGAAUCAGAAGUAAAAUUAGUAGAUUUUGGUUUUGCAAGGUUAAAACCUCCUGAAAGUCAACCACUGCAGACACCUUGUUUUACUGUCAACUAUGCCGCGCCAGAAGUACUAGACCAAACUGUCAAUCAUACUGGCUAUAAUGACUCAUGUGAUCUAUGGAGUCUUGGUGUCAUUUUGUAUACCAUGUUAUCUGGUCAAGUACCAUUCCAGAGCAGUGGUAGCUGGUACAGGUCAUCAGCAGGCUUUGUUAUGCAAAGAAUCACUCAAGGGGACAUUAGAUUUGAAGGUCAACAAUGGCAGUCCAUAUCAACCCCAGCUAAAAAUCUCAUCCAAGGAUUAUUGACUGUAGACCCUAAAGCAAGACUAACAAUUCAAGAAGUCCUUCACCAUAGCUGGUUACAAGGAGGGAACCUUUUGCCACACACACCUCUUAUGACUCCAGGCAUACUUGAACAAGGACACAAAAGAACUUAUGUGGAGUCAGCACUAAAUGUAACCUACGAUGCUUUUAACAAAGCUCAGCGCCAAGGUUUUACACUGAUGGAAGUGGAGAACGCUCCCCUUGCCAAGAGAAGAAAACUCAAGAAGACUACUUCAAGUGACAGUCAUUCUACUACAAGCACUUGUAGUGAGCAAAGUAAUUCAGGGGGGCUGUCACCACUGCAGAAUAACAGAUGACAAUUACAUGUUCAGCAUGCAAAUUAAUGAAUAUUUUAAUUAACAGCUGGUAGUGAACAAGUUGUUUUAGGCACAACCACUCAAAGCCUAGCCAAUGCUAACAAUCUAGGUUUUCAUGGGAUUAGUUUUAUCUAGGCUACCACUUGGCUAUGGAAAGCAUGUUCCCUUGACAAAGUUACAUGUGCUUAGCAAAGCUGUUGUCUGGAAAACAGUCAGUUGGUUAAUAUGUAGAUAAAAUAAUAAUUUUUAUGAUUUUUUAGUGUUUUAAUUCUAAUUUAAAGAGCGAGUCAAGACACAGGGCCAGGUACUGUAGUUUGUAGGCCCUUAUUUUUUUAUUUUUGUCAAAAGCAACCAUAAUGUUUGAAUGAUCACAAAAAGAAAUUUAAAUCCUACUCAGUUCUAAAUGGACCUGAGACUUCCUAGAUAUUUCUAGGUUCUGGAAUUACUGAGCUAAAAAGAAUUAGGAAGAUCAAGACCCCAGACUUAAGUGGGGAAAUUAUUAACAGUGGAUUCCACAGAGUGGAUCUUCUUCCACUAGAUUCCAUGUUUGUUUGUUAGAUAGGAAAAUUCAAAAAUUAUAAUGGAAUUCAAACUCCUUUAAAUUCACUGAUAGAAGAGUUAUUGGAUCUGCAUGGUUGUAUGUAAUUGGAGGUGUGUGCUAAGCUUAUUAUAGUGAUGAUAAAAAAAUUAAUGUCCCACAAAUUGGUAAGUUAUUGAUCCCCACAUUACAUUAUUUAUUGCAUAUUACAUAUAUAUGAAUAUUAUGGUAAAUGGUUGCAAGUUAUUGGCUGAUUGAGUUGUUACUUAUGAAUGGCUGACUCACAGCUAUUAACAGCUGUUGAAUGAUCCAAGUGUCAAGUGCUUUGUUCAUGACUCUCUCCUGGCUCAAGAGACUGAUCAACAGUCCCCUUCACAGUUCCAUUCACCAUCUUGUAAGAUAGCCUGGCCUUUGCAUUGAUCAGUGAGCUUGCAAUGACAUGAAUAAUUCUUCAAGGUGUUAAAAAAAGGUCUCUAUCAUUGCAAGCUAAUCGUUCCUUUCCCGUCAAUGCAAAGGUACGGCUACCUUUCAAGAUGACGCAGGGAACUGUGAAGGGGACUAAAACUCCCAGUGCAUGGUUGGCAUAAAAUAUUAAUUUGACAUUUACACUUAAGCCAUCAAGUAACUGGUACAAUGGUGGAUGAUACUUGUUUUCUGGUCAAAAGAAAAACUAGUGCUUAUUGUAGGUGCAGAGAUUACAAAAUAAAUUCCAUGCAUGCCAGUUAGGUAAAUCUACUACAACUUGUUCACUAUAAUGAAUAAUAAARUUGUAGGUUAAAUAGAUUUAAAUACCUAGUUAGUAUACACCUAAGGUUGUCAAUUGAUUGUAAUUAUUAUGAAUUUUAGUUCAAGUCUGGUUGUACAUACAGUAUUAGAGUUAGUCACUAAUAUCUAUUAGAAUUAUUAUUACUUAUUAUACUUGCAUCCAUCGUAGCCAUUUUAUUCCAUGUUCAAGCAGGAUUAAGGAUUUUUAGUUUGUGAUUUUUUAAUUUUUUUAGACCUUGGAAUUGGUAAAGUUUUAGGCAAGCCAUGUUAUUUUGAAAGUUGAUUAUGUGAACAGGUCGUUGGAGCUAGGCAUGGAUGCAAAUUUACAAGCUACGUCUUGCAUUAGGCUAUUGUAUCUAAGGAAUUCUCAGAAUGAGCAUUUAUCUGGUAUUUCCAAAUUAAUAAAAAAGAAAAAUAAUUACCAUAUCUGGAAGCAUGGUACAAUUGGUAAAACUGUAAAAAAGUAAAAAAGUUUGAAGAAAAUAUAUUCAAAACUCACGAAGAUAUGAUUUUUGAAUAAUGUGAAUAAUUCUACAACUACUUUGCCUCCAACAAAGGUUUUCUUACGAAAUUUCGAUUUUUGAGAAUUCAUAUCAUCACAAUUUUUGAACUUUCUUCCUUCAAAUUCCUCAAUUUUACUAAUUUUAUCAUGCUCUUUUCAGGUUUUGUAACUAUUCUUUUGUCCUGUGAGUUUUGCAAAUUACAAGAUAAAGGCUCUUUGGAAGAGAUUAUCAAGCAAUAGACACAUGAUCUACUCUCAUAUGAUCAAGAUUGACAAUUACCUUUUUAAUUAAUUAAUUAAUAAUUUGACUCUUAUUUUAGCUGGGUUUAAAUGGCCACAAAUAAAACUGAUAAACAGUUGAAUCUGAAUUAAAGCCUGUUAUUAUUCUUUGGAAUAAAUGAUUCAUACCACAAA